GAGACCCGGGGAGGCUAUAAAAGUGGUUUCAUGCCCGCUGCAGUAAGAAAGAAAAAAAAAGAGAAAAGAAAAGCUGCGGUGGAUACGCGCGCAGACGGAGGGCAGGCGGCGCAGAGGAAGGACACGCAAUUUAACACCCACGCGCGCGCGAUUCGGUGCAUAUAUUCAAGUGUCCGCUCUCUCGUCAUAGGUAGAGACAGGCGGGCUUUGCGCGGUGGGGGCUUUCUACAGUGUCACGUCAGGGAGUUCGCAGUCAGGAAUACUGAACGCACAGACGGACACGGAGUUUUUUGGACAUUCUCUCCACUUCGGUCCACAUCGCUGCACGUGCGCUACUGCAGAGACGGGGAUGCGCGUCUUUUCCGGCCGCGCCGCAGCCGCUUGACACGUUUCGUCCCACCGCGCUGGAGGGUCUGCGUUCUCACGGGGGGGAUCCGGGCUCAGUUGUACUUCUUGCCGACCGCGCUUUGGAUGCCACGGAAAUGGGACCGCGCCAACGGGAGAGCGUGUCCGCGCCUUGUGGCAAAAGUUUCCUCUGGACCGCGCUGAUCCUCUGGCUCGCCACCACGUCAGCCGAGGGGACCUGGAAGACGGGACUUUACAAAACACACUACCCGGCCGGCGGCCAGGCUGCAGCCUCCCUCACCUCCGUCUAUCAGAAAAGGAACUGGUGUCCUCACACGGUCACUAAGACAGUGACCUGCCAGGUGCAGAAUGGGACGAUCCUGCAGCGGGUCUACCAGACGUGCCGCUGGCCGCAGGGAUGCACAGGAGGCAGCUACAGGACCGUGGUCAGACCUUCCUACAAAGUGGUCUAUCGCACUGUGACCUCUCUGGAGUGGAAAUGCUGUCCAGGAUUCAGCGGCGCUGCCUGUGAAGAAGAUGCGAAGAACCAGCUUGCAGCUCAAGAGGCCAUCAGGAAACCAUCCACGCUACGUCGGCCGCCUGCUCGUACAGGAGAGCCCAUCUCUAAUUGUCUCAACUGCAGUCGAAUCACAGCUUUGAGCGACCGGCUGAGCUCCCUGGAGGCGAAGGUGCAAUCAUACACUGUCCCGGCGUCCACAUCACAUCGCCAUCCCCAGGGCAAAGGAGCAACUGCCCCGGAGGCCUCAUCACUGAUGGGGGCUGUGGCCGCUCAGGGAGCUCCUGGUGAGCAGGGACCUGCAGGUCCUCAGGGGGAAAAUGGGAGAGACGGGCUGCCUGGCAGAGAAGGGAAGCCUGGAUCUCGAGGGCUGCCAGGUCCAAGUGGGCCUCGGGGGGAGGCUGGGACACGGGGCCCAUCUGGAUCGCCUGGAUUUAAGGGAUCUUCAGGACCUGCAGGCCCUCGUGGUCCACAAGGACUCCCAGGGGAAAGGGGUCUUCCAGGCCCGCCUGGCCCUCCGGGGCCUCCAGCUGAGGCCAGUGCCCACAUCCCAGAUCCGGACCAGAGUCGCGGAAAAGACCUCUUGUUCAGCAACACUUUCCAUGACUCCAGAGGGUCGCCUGUUCCAGGACCUCAGGGCCCCCCCGGGCCGCUCGGCCCACCAGGUCCCAGAGGCCCGGCAGGACCUGUUGGCCCAUCAGGACAGAAUGGGAAAUCUGGAGCUCCUGGACCGCAGGGCCCUGUGGGUCCAAAGGGAGAUCGCGGGGAGAGAGGCCCUCUAGGUUACCAAGGAGAGAGGGGCUUCAGGGGCGAGUCGGGAGCACCAGGUCCCAAGGGACAGCCAGGAGAGAAGGGCUUGCCGAGCAAUCUAAAUGGGGACGGCAUACAUCAGAUCAGAGAGGCGCUGAAGAUCUUAGCCGAGCGGGUUUUAAUCCUUGAGACUAUGAUCGGUAUUCAUGAGCCUGAUGUAGGGUCUGGGGACGGACCGUUUGGCACAGCCUCCCCUAGUUUCUACAGAGAUAAGCGAGCAGGUGCGCUUCCAUAUCGACUUGCUUCUCCUCUGUCCACCAACACCAAGGUUCGAGGGAAGUAGCCCCCUCCUGCUCACCCUGAGGAUCGCGCGCUGGGUUGACCCCCCCCCCCCCCCCCCCUCCCAUAGGUCUCAUUGGCCGUCAUCAGAUUUAGACCGUAUCUGAUACCUGAUACCCUCUCUGGGCUUUACUUUCAGAUUAAGGAUGGGGGGACACCUCAGGGAAAACACCACUGAUACUCCACAAUGUCCUCCUACAUCAGGAACCCGGUAACUAGUUCGAUCCCCGUAACCAAACAGGUGUCAUUGCGUAACGCAGCAAGCAGCUUCCUUUGGCUUCAGAAGUCCGGCCCCAGAGCGAAGAUGUUUAAUGUUUGAGGAAAGGAAAAUCUUCUUCGGUGCUCCUCGAGCUACAAACAGUUCCUGAAAAUUAGGCUCAUUUAGAAUAAUCAAUGAAAGGAGAAAUCAGAUGGGAGAAAAUAAACUGGAUUUUGCGUUUUUAUUGCUUUCACAAUGUAACUGCAAUCUGAAGAGAUUCCACUAUUUAAGUAUAAUGAGCAUGUACAGUUUGCAGGAGACAAGUACACAAACAAACCUCUUGUUCUAGUAUUCAUUUUGUUAUAAUCAUAUUGUUUAACUCAAUGUUAUGUAGUGCACUAAAAGAUGAAGGCAUCGCUACUUUAGCUAAGAUAUAUGUUGCUAGCAGUGUUUUGUAGUGUUUCUGGUGUAAGUGUUGCUCCCACCCUUCCCCCAUGGUACACACUGAUAAAGUGCUUUAAUAUACAAUAGUACAUCACGUUUAGUCUUUGCACAAGAACACACAUUUGGGUUUGAUGACAUAUAAACCAAAAACAGCCACAUAUUAUGUUGCAUUCUGAAAAGAAAACUCAUUUUAAACAUCUCUGGAAUUGGAUGUCCAUUCUAAGGAAACAUAUUACCACGUGUUAAACUGUCCCCAUGAAAACACCUGGUGAUUGUUGUUUUUUUUCAAACUUAUUGUGAAACUAUUUAAAAUGAUCAUUGUAUCUUAUUUUGUAUGCUGUGUAACCAUUUUAUAUUUCAUUCAACAUGUUUUUCAUGCAAAUUUUGUUAUUGUGAUAAUCCUGUCUAGAGGAAUGGUGUAAUAAAAUAAUGCACGUUGUUUUUUUAUUAA